AUGUCCCGUCAUCGAUGGGAGGUGCAGACCCAUACCUUUUCGUUCACCCACAAAGGUAACGAGAACCUACCACCAGGUUUUUCAUCCUCAAUUCCGAUGUGCCCCUCGGCUGGCGGAUUGAUGCAAAUAUCAGGAGUGCUAGCAGUUUUAUCUAGUGUAAACUCAAGGGUUCAAAGUAAAGAUGAGGAUAAGAUUGCCAAUGCUCAGGUGAUUGAUGUUCAAACUAAUGAAAAUGCAACGUGCAUUACUUAUUCAGAAAGUGUUGAAUCCAGUUACAGACCUGAAAAUGACCAUCGUGAAACUGAUGAAAAAAUCCUGAUUGUCUCUGGAUCAGGUAGUGUUGACAUACAAAAACAACAAGUAUCAGAUCUUUUCCAUAAAACAGCUGAUGAAGAAAGUAAAGCGUUUCUUGAAAACAGCAAAUGGAAAGCUUUGAAUAACGAUAAAAAUAAUUUUACGGAUUCUCUAGAAUAUGUUAUCAGACAAGAUCGUUCACAUGAUAAUAAUAUUUCUGGACGUACAAAUCUGAUUUUGCAGCUUGAUCUCCCACCUGGAAGUACGGAGCUAGACAAUGGCAUAAUCCUUAUGACAGGGAAUGUAAUGAAUGAACAUAUUUCACUUGAAACGAAUUCUAAGGCUCACAGUGAGAACGAUAAAAUGUUUAUCAACGUUGAAGAACCAUUCUCUAAAAAGGAAGAUGACAAUGCUGUGGCUGGAUUUUCCGGAUUCUGUUCUGGUAAGAAGAAAUUUCCUAAGACCUUCCGUAGGAAAGAUACUCUAAAAACUAAUUAUCAAACACACACUGGCAACAAACUCUUUAUGUGCGAUAUACGUGAGAAAGACUUCUCUCGGAAAUCACAUCUCGACCGACAUUACAGAAUGCACACUGGCGAAAAGCCUUAUGAAUGCGGUAUAUGUGGGAAAAAAUGCAGUCGGAAAGAAAAUCUCAUCAUCCAUUAUCGAACACACUUAGGUGACAAGCCUUUUAUGUGUGAUAUCUGUAAUAAAAGUUUUGCUCAUAAGGGUUAUCUUAAUAUACACUUUAGGACGCAUACUGGAGUAAAGCCUUAUAAAUGUCCAGCUUGUGAAAUGUCGUUCAUUAACAGCAGCAACUGCAAAAAGCAUUACAGGAAUAAGCACGAAUGA